AACAUGGCAUCUGAUGACGUAUUGGUUCACUACUUCAAUGAUUUCUUGAAUUUGCCGUCUUUCCCAGAGGCUUUGCUGUACAACCAGGAGACCGGGCAGUUUGAGGUAGUGGAUGGGGCGGCCGAGUUUGUCUCCAAAAGAAUCAGAUCAGUCCUUCACCACAGCAAAUCACAAUUCCUUACUGGUGACCCCACAGAGCUGGCCAGAAGCCCCCCAGUAGACAACCGUUACACUAUCUGUUGCCUGGACAGAGAGCCAGGAAUUCAGUGGAUCAUGAAAGAAAGACUGCCCUUUUUCCUUCAGAGUGAUUGCUACAAUGAAUACAGACUAUCCAAGCUGUUGUUUCAGAAGAACACAAUCUUCUGUAUCCAGAGGAGGAAAGGCAGUUCAGGUCGACCCACCCGGUUCUCUGGGGACGCACAACGUUGCAUGUCUACUCUCUGGCCAGAAGGAACAUAUCAACACAGAAUGCGGUGA